AUGAUUGGCAGCAGAGUGAAGCAUUCACAGCAGCUCAGUGCAGCAGCAGCAGCUCUCUGUGCACUUCAGGUCGUCGAUACGGACAAGAUGUGGAGCUGUGUGUGGAGCUCGGCGCUGCCCCUGCUGGUCAGUCUGAGUCCUGCAGUUCUGUUCCUGCUGCAGCUUCCUGACUACACUGCCACACAGGAAGGACACUGGCAGGACUACAAAUAUGGCCACCAUGGCUCAGAGCUGCACAACAGCAAACGUUUCUGCACCUGGAAAUGUGUCCUGUUCACCCUGCAGUGGCCCGGAGCGUUCUGUCAGUCUUUGGACCAGGAGACUCUGUGCAUGAUUCCUCCGAGUGUAAACAACUGGACAAUCCACGGUCUGUGGCCUUUUAAGGUGUUUCAUUGCUGCAACUGCUGGCCGAUGUUCCAGUCUGACGUCCAGGAGCUGGAGGCGGAGCUGACUGAACACUGGCCGUCCUUACUGAAAACUAAACCCAGCUUCCACUUCUGGAGAGAGGAGUGGGAGAAACAUGGUGUGUGUGCAGCAUGUGUUGAAGGAAUGAACUCUCCCAUGAGAUACUUCCAAAUCUGCCUCAAACUACGACAACAGUUUGAUAUCCACAAGAUGCUGGAGGACGCUGGUAUCACUCCAUCCUGUGAACGACCCUACAAGGUUGCAGAGGUUCAUCAGGUCCUGGCUCCUCAUCUGGGAGACAAACACGAGAUCCAGUGUGUUACAGAUGACCAGGUGGAAAGAAGUCGUGAAGGAGAAGGGUUUCACAAGGGAUGCGGAGGUCGCCUGCUUUCUGCUAGACAGGACCGCGAGGUGUGGUUUCAGGUGAAGAUCCCUCUGUCUCGCAACCUGACCGUUGGCUGUGAUCACCAAGGCGACGCUGAAAGGGACCCAGCGUUGGGGUCUGGCUCAGGACGGAACCGCUCCCACGGCCACCCCUGCCCUUCUCGGGUCCCUUUCUACUACUUCCCCAUCGACCACCAGCAGCCGCAGCGGCCCUGCGGCUAACAGCCACAGCAGCUCACUGUUUAUCCUCUUCAAUGAUUGUGUGUGGGAUUAAUAGCAGUUAAUAACAGAUGUGAAUACAGAAUGUCAGACUUUAGAGUUUGUAUCUGACACCUCUGAGGAAUCAAACGUGUAACUGAACAGAUCAACAAAUAAAGAAUUAACAUGUGAACAAUAUUUCAGAAUCUUUUU